CUCCCCCGCUCGGAAAGCUCCUCCGUGUACGUGUCGCUCGGCUUCCCUUGAAAAAGGUGUUGGUGCUGCUACUGCUGUCUAUGUGCGAUUUUUUUUUUGCGAUUGACGAUUGCGUUUGUCAACUCGAAGGGGGUAAUAAUGGCAACACGGGAUAGCCCAUUGAUCACCGCGGGUGUGACAGCGGAGAAGUUGAAGGGAAAACAGUAAGGGGGCAUCGAUUUAUUGACAGGUGGUGGCGGACGCGCGAGAGUAUAGCCAGCGAAAUUUUUGAGCGGAAAGAGAAAGGACGGCCAGCGAACAAUAAUGUGGGAAUCGCAGGUGCAGCAGCAGCAGCAGCUCUGGCCAUCGACAAGGCAAAGGACCGCGGUGUGCGCGCGCGUUGUUUCCGUUCACAGGUGAAACGGCACCCAUCGCCAAUAACCAUCCCGCACGCGCUUUCUACAGUAUCGCGAAAAAAUAUAUAGCGUAGGUGUUGUAGUAUACACGUAGACGACAAAGGGACGGCAAGAGGUGCAGCUGUCUUUGAUGGGCGAGCCCUGCAAAGUGGCGCGGGCAACGACGCCAGUAGUGAUAUUCAUCGAGGGACGAGCUCGAGGCGGAUUGAUGAGCACCCCAAGGACCAGCAUCGGACGCGUUAGUUUUAGUACAUUCGUCUCUCGUCCACAAUACACCCCGGCACCAAGAUGCACUUGUACUUCGAGAAGAACAGCAGCGCCAAGUGCGACUGUAACAUACUGUCGCUCAGCUGGAUGGGCAAACUACCGGACGAACUCCAGGAGGACGAGAGCUGGAAGCUGUACAGGCGCAAGUACUACCAAGAGGGUUGGCUCGCCACGGGUAAUGCGCGCAGCCUCGUCGGCGUGACCUUCACCACUUCGCAUUCGCGCAGCCGAGCACCGGAGUUGCCCCUGCGCGCCAACUACAAUCUGCGGGGACACAGAAGCGAGGUGAUACUGGUAAAGUGGAACGAGCCGUACCAGAAGCUGGCCUCGUGCGACAGUACGGGGGUGAUAUUCGUGUGGAUAAAGUACGACGGGCGCUGGAGCAUCGAGCUCAUAAACGAUCGAAACACGCCCGUAACCCACUUCUCCUGGUCGCACGAUGGACGCAUGGCGCUCAUCUGCUACAAGGACGGCUUCGUGCUGGUGGGCAGCGUGGCGGGCCAGCGUUACUGGUCGUCGAUGCUCAACCACAAGGCGGUGAUAACUUGCGGCAUUUGGACCCCCGACGACCAGCAGGUCUACUUCGGCACGACGGCCGGACAGCUCAUCGUCAUGGACGUGCACGGAGCCAUGGUCUCGGAGGUACAGCUCGGUGCUGGAGUGACGUCAAUGGCGUGGUCCGCGGAAAAAUUCAAGCUGGAGGAGGACGACGACGAGGACACCGUCGGCGCCAAUGGUGGGGGUGGAGCGGAAGAGUACGACCGCGACGACGAGGAUGACGACGAGGACGACAGCAACAGCCGCGGAAACGUCAACAACAACAACAACAACAGCAACAGUAGCGGAGGUGGUAGGGCGACGAGUUGCCGUCAGUACGUGCUGGCGGUGUGCCUGGCCGACGGGAACGUGGUGCUGUUGCGGUCCUUCGAUGACGUCUCGCCCGUGACGAUAAACACGGGCCUGAGGCCUCCGUUGCACGCCGAGUGGAGCAACUCGCGUAAGGUCUUGGCCAUUGCGGGCAUCGAAGCCAAUGGCCAGCAGUCCCAGCCGCAAUCACCGACGAGCCAACAGUCGCAUUACUAUCACCACCACAACCACCAUCACCACCACCACCACCACCACCACCAUCAACAUCAUCAGAAUAACAAUUAUUAUUGCAACAACAACAAUAGUAACGGCAAUGGUUACGGGACCGGUGGCUACUGCUGCCAGACGGGCAAUCUCGAGUACACGAAUCUGCUCAAGUUUUACUCGGAUACUGGGGCGCUGAUCUACACCAUCGUCAUACCUUACACUCAGAGUCCGGUGACCGCUAUGACGUGGGGCCACAACGACCGACGGAUUUUCGUGGCUACCGGGGCACAGGUUCACGCCGCUUGGGUAUCCAGGGGUGUAGGCUCGCUGCAGCUUCUCUCGAGGCUCGCCCUCAAGAACGCACUCGAGAAGGAGACGAGCGUCGCUCAACUGCCGCUCCCGCCUCGGCUGAAGAAUCUCGUGGCUGGUCUCUUCGUUAACACCAUACGAUGCUGCGUACCGGAACCACGCGAACUGCGGCGUUUCGUGUCGAGGCCACCGCCAAUUGGAGGUCGGCUGCACUGCACGAUGUUGCGCAAUCCCGGCGAGCCACCCCACAGCUACACCCUCUACGUCGAGUACCUUGGCGGCCUCGUGCCGCUGCUCAAGGGACGACGUACCAGCAAGAUCAGGCCGGAGUUCGUGAUCUUCGAUCCCGAGACUGGGCAACAACAGCUACAGCAGCCGCAAAAUGGCGAGUCGACGACGACUACGAACGGUGGGGUCGGUGGUGCAGGUGCAGCCCAGACGACGACGACGACGGCUACGACGUUGCAAUCGGAUUGCAGGAUGGCGGCGGCGUCGAUGAUGUUGCCGUCUUGCAGCGACGACUCGGACGACAGUACAGUUGAGCUGUGCGGCGGAUCGCCAAGGUUCAGGAGACGGAACCGCAGAAGGUGCCGCACGUCGUACGAGCGUAGCGCUAACAACGACGACGACGAGGCGAGCUACGUCGACACGCUGCCCGAGAAUGCGAGGCUCGUCGAGGUAACGUCCAACAUAUGGGGAACAAAGUUCAAGUUUCACGGCCUGGCAGACUCGGUGCCAGCGAAUCUCGGCCGAGUCACGUACAGGCCGUCUCUUUUGCACCUACAGCCCCGACAGAUGACCCUCGUAAUUACCGAGCUCAGGGACGAUCUACCAGCAGAGACGCUUAAUCUUCUCAUAGGUCCCGAUCCGAGCUUCAACCCGAACCUCUUUUCGGAGGACGAGGAGGACGUGUUCUCGCAACAGGAGCCGACAGCAACUUCGGCAUCGCGGCAGUACAACUUAUCGUCGAUACCUCACUGCGCGGCGCUGGAUCUGCUCAGCCCUCAACAGCAGCAGCCACCGCCACCGAUGAUCGCCCCAAUGACGCCUCUGUCCAAGCGCCGCGGCAGCGGUAGUCUUUCCGUCCGACCUAGAAUUCCUGCUACCGCUGCUGCGUCGACCUCGUUACCACCGCCACCUCAGUACGAGUCACGGCCCGAGCUCUCCAUCAACAACGACGAGGAGCCGUGGCUCGAGCGAGGAGGCUCGUGCGUCGAGUAUCUCGGCAACCAUCGGCACCUCGGCUACGGCCCGCCAACUGCCGAGCAUCACCCAAGUGGCUACUCCGGGGUCAUACCUCCGGGUUACCAACACUAUCACCCGCACCACCACAGGAGUGCCACGUACAUGGCGGCCUCGCGAUGCUGCGACGUGCCGGCACUCCAGUCGCCCAAGAACGCUGUCGCGCCAACCCAGACUCUCAUUGCCACCUCUAGCCCCGGCGCCACAAUAGGCGAAUACACAAACAACGUGCAGAGGAUGAAGACCGCGCUGGCUGAUCAGCAGAGCGCUAUAAGUGGCCUGUUGAAAAAGGACCUAGAUCAGAUCGGUGGCGCGACCGGUCGGCAUUCCAAUUUCCUCGGCGAGGACUGUUGCUCGUCGUUUCCAGGGACAGUGCCGAGCUCGUACGGCUACGCUAACGGCCUCGGCGAGCAGUACAAUGGCCCCGGGUUCACAGCCAACGGAGCAGGUGUUUUGCUCCCCAAGAAUGCCAACUUGACGACUCGACACAACCAAGAGGCCUCGGCGACAACGAGAACCGGACCAGCCAACGCUGGGCACAGCUCGCUCAUGGAGGAGGAGGAACAGCGCAAUGAUGUGCCCGCUCUGAAAAAUCAGUUCCAGUUCCAAGCGUCGCAUCGUACGCCGACAGUGGUCAGCAUAGGUCCAACUCAAGUGUUGGCCAACUCGAUAGUCCGUAGUUGUAGCGUCGGCUACCUCGACCUCGUCGACGCCCAAAUAGUCCCCUGCGAGGAAGCCAUCAACAUGUUGCGCAAGGACGCGCCCAACAAGCGACUGUUCCUCGUUUCCCGGAAACAAAAGAGGAGACGCCGCUGCGGCAAAGAGAACCACGCACCGGUGGCCAAGGAUGGCAGCGCAACGACAUCCGCGGUGGUGGUUCACAGAUCGACGCGUCCACGACUGAGCGACAGCGGCAAGUCCCGAAGUUUGGACUCGAGCGAGCUAUUUCCGUCCGCGGAGCACAUAAUCGCUCUGCAACCCCGUCUGGCCGAGCUGCCCGCGGAGGAGGCUCUUGCCGUUGCGACCGUACCCAAUACAGUGGCAACUAACGCGUUGGACCAUUACAAAGACAACAACGACGCCGAUGACGACGACGACGACGACGACGACGACGAAGAUGGAACGGAGAUCGAACAAAACGAAGCCAACGUGCGCAAAGAGGAGGCUGACGCGGCCGCGGUGGCUGCCGUCGACGCGAGCAGGAGAUCCAGUAGGGGUGGCAUCUGCAGGGAGCAGCUGCCGAUCAUCGAGAGGAUCGCCAAACCGUCCUCGUUGUCGCCAAUUCAGGGAUCGAGCGUGAGCACGUCCGUGGCGUCGUCGCUCGACGGAUUGGCCUCGAGACUCGACGGACUGGCGGCAAAGCUCGGCGACUACGAGGAUUGCCACUCUCUUCCACCGCCCUCGCCACGGCCGACUUCCAGACUGCCGAGGAGCUCUCCGAGCAGUCCCGCGCCCACGAAGAAGGGCAAGAGGCCAGCUUCCGCGUCGCCGAUCCGAAGAAGGCUGCUCUCGAGUCCCCUGCUCGGUCGCAAGUCACGCAAGAACCGCAACGAGAGCUCCGACGAGGAAGGAUUCGUGGACGACAUCUCCAAUUACCGCGACCUCGAGUCUUUCCAGAAAGCUCAGCUACGGCAAAAGCUGAAGCAAAGAGGAGGCAGUUACCCGAGCGAGGCGAUGCGACGUGAGAUAAUAAUGCACAACAAGGCGCCAAUGUGGAACGAGGCUAAUCAGGUUUACCAGCUCGAUUUCGGGGGCCGCGUCACCCAGGAGAGCGCCAAGAAUUUUCAGAUCGAAUUUCGAGGCAAUCAGGUCAUGCAGUUCGGAAGAAUUCAAGGGAACGCUUACACGCUGGACUUUCAGUACCCAUUCAGUGCUAUUCAAGCGUUUGCCGUUGCCCUGGCGAGCGUCACGCAGAGACUCAAAUAAGUAUACAAGGAAAAGCAUACAAGAAAGAACAGAAAGAAGAUACCUGUAAGCAUUUGAUCGCGCUCCAACAGGUAAAAUGCGUGUUACGUGCCCGUGAACAAUUUUUUUUUUUUUUAAUUGAUGUAAGUGUAUAAACAACAAAUGACGAUUACAUAUGGAUUUUAUCGAGUAUCAACUGUCGUAACAAUUAAAAUGAAGGAACGCUGGAGUGGCGAUUCCAAAAUGUUACUUGUUAUACUUAUAUUACGAUUGUAAGAUUUUAUGUAGAUGUAGGCGAUUCAGUGCAAUCUUUAUACACGCAGUUGACGUAAUACUUGUUACAUGCAUAUAAUUUUUUCUUUUUUUUGCCCGAAAAGUUAGAUGAAAAUGAGGAAUUUUUCGUUGUGUACAUUGAGGCAUAAAUACACUUUAUAAUAAUGCAUUUUUGCAACUUGUUUUCAAUUAAGUGAGAAAUGAAAUUAAAGUAUUUUUGUCAGGAUCUUCUUUUGGUGGCAAAACAGUUAUACAAGCAUAUAAAAGUACUGUCUUAGUGUUAUAAUAGACAUGACGGUUGGUCCAAAUUAUUAAAAAUCGGAUAGUGUAACGAACACGACUUAUUUUUGUAUACAUCAUCAUAAAUGUUUAUGGUUAUCAUCGAAACAAAUUCUUUUUUUUUUUUUUUUCGUACAAUACGAUAAAAGAAAUUAGAAUUGUCGAAAUGAAAACCUAAGUUGUUCAAUAUGCCACGGAUGUAUAUGUAUUGUAAUGGAAAUUGUGUAACCACUUGAAACCACGAGAGACAAGUUUAAAAGCCACGAAAUGGGACAAUGACUCGCGUUGUGUUUCGUAUAGGUAUACAAUACGCAACAAACAAUGCAGUUAAAAAAAAAAAAAAA